GCGCAGAAGGUGAAAAAUGCGUAAAAACUGGUGGGAGCACUGCUGUCAUCUGUAAUCUGGAUCUGUCAUCGGUGAGGGUGCUUAAAAACAAAAUAAAAGGAUGGCAUACAUGGGGCACAACUACGGUGCUACGGACCAGCGGACGGUCCCCGACGUCGGGUUCAGCCCCACGGAGCUAUACAGCCUCACGGAGAACAUCACCACCAACAUCUACGCGAUUAACGCCAGCUGGAAGUCCAUGGAGCGCGCUGCCAAGCACAUCGGGACCAACAGAGACACCCGGGAGCUUCGCGAUCAAGUCCAAGUAACCCAAAAGGCAACAAACAACGUAGUAACUCAAACAAGCCGUGACAUAGCCCGAAUAGCAGUUCUGAUGAAGCGCGGUGACAAGGAACAAAAGUUACAAAUAGAAAAGCUUACCACUGACUUCAAAGACGCCCUCAGAAGAUACUCCGACAUGCAACAGUCAGUGCUACAAAAAAUGAAGCGACACGUUUUACAAGACGUCGACUUCGAUAACUACCGCUUCGAGAGCGACGAAGACGAGGACGAGCAGAUAGCCUUCGCAAAACAAGAUCAACUUCGCCGGAACGAGCAAAGAGCCCUGGAAUUUGAACAGGGAAUUUUGCUGGAACGUGAAGACUUGAUUCAGAAACUAGAGGGUGAUAUUUUGGACGUUAAUCAGAUUAUGCGUGAACUUGGUGCUUUAGUUAAUCAACAAGGAGGUUCAAUUGAUACAAUUGAAAAUAGCAUAGAGAACGUCCACGGAAAUGUUGGUCUAGGUGCUCAGGAGCUUUCCCGAGCGAGUAGUUAUCAAAAUAAGUACCGUAAAAAAGUAUUCUUUGUUUUACUCUUAGCAAUAAUUGUCGUAAUUAUUUUAAUAGUAAUCCUAGUCACAAAAUAUAGUUAGCAAAAAUUUUUCCCACUCUAAAAAAAAAAUUAUUUUAUACAAUUUAAAUAUUUAUAAUCUCUCAUAAUAAUUAUAAAUUGCAUCAAUAAUUUUUUAAAAGACUAAUAAUUAAUUAUAAAGCC